GCUGUGUGAGGAGGCAGGCAGUGCUGGCAGUGCCUCCCAGGAGCAGCACUUGCUUUUGAGUGAUGGGCAGUGGUCACUGCGUCACAGGAGAACAAGAGCUGCAGUGAGCAGGGCCUUUGCUCCCCGGGAGGUGGGAUGGAUGCAGCCCCUGUGUUCCUACGAGGCUCCCUACGAGGUCCUGGUGCAGCCAUUGCUGCUCUGCCCUCCAUGUCUCCAAGCCCGGGCUUCUGCUUCACAGUGAGGGCUUGGGAGGAAGAUCUUGAUCCAUGCAGGUUUCUGACAGAGACCUCACCCUACAUGUGGUCCAACCUGGGCAUUGGCUUGGCCAUCUCCCUGUCUGUGGUGGGAGCUGCCUGGGGAAUUUACAUUACGGGAUCCAGCAUCAUUGGUGGUGGAGUCAAAGCCCCACGGAUCAAAACAAAGAAUCUGGUGAGCAUCAUUUUCUGCGAGGCCGUGGCCAUCUACGGGAUCAUCAUGGCAAUAGUCAUCAGUAACAUGGCUGAGCCUUUCACUGGAGUCACCCCAGAAGAGAUUGGAGCCAGGAACUACCACGCAGGUUUCUCCAUGUUUGGAGCUGGUCUGACCGUGGGUUUAUGCAAUCUCUUCUGUGGGGUCUGUGUGGGCAUCGUGGGCAGCGGGGCUGCCCUGGCUGAUGCCCAGAAUGCCAGCCUCUUCGUCAAGAUCCUGAUUGUGGAAAUCUUUGGCAGUGCCAUAGGGCUGUUUGGAGUCAUCGUUGCUAUCCUGCAGACAUCUAAAGUAAAAAUGGGCUGAGCCCUCUUGCACUCAGCCUGUUCCAGCCCACCCCAAGAGGUUCUGUAUAUACUUAUUUAAUGUUUCUAUACUCGAUUGGGGUGGGAGAUUGCUGGCACCGGCAGCAGGAGCCUGACCGCGUAGAGCCCCGUCCUGCAGAUCAGUCGGCCCCUUGGAAGAAACAAAUUUCUCUGUGUGAAUUCUGCCCCCAGCAGCCUGGCCCAGCUCGUGGGGCCCUGCUGCUGCCCGUCCCCGGUGUGUAGAAUUGACCAUCAGUGCAAUCCUGUGUCAGUGAAAAUAAAUAUGGUUCUUGUCCA